CCUCAUUAUGAGGAUACAUUCGGACUCCUCAUUCCGAGCUCAACCAAACCUCCAGACUCUCUACACCACUUAUGGAGAGCAACCAAUGGAGCUCUUCUAGUGGGAGUGAAUCUACUCUGGCGAGGCAUUGAUGCCAACUCGUGCUGCACAAGAUGCGGCCACCAAGAGUCAAUAUCCCACAUAUGGUUCGAAUGCCCUUUCGCUCAGGCGGUCUGGAGACUAUCCCCCUUAACGCCGAAUCCAGCGACGCUCCCAUCAGAUACUGACUCCAGAAGCCUCAUGUGGUCCCUUUACAACACUAAAAAUCUCCCAUCCUCUGGAUUGCUUGAGACUCCACUCUUCCCCUGGAUCUUGUGGUACCUCUGGACUUCCAGGAACAAACUUAUCUUCGAAGGGACGAGCUUCUCAGCUUCUGAUUUGGUAGCAAAAGCUUCUUCGGAAGCCUCGCAUUGGCACUCAGCCAACCAAACUCCGAUUCAAACACCAUCGAAGUCCCUAAAACCAUCAAGACCUCCACCUCCCCCUACGACCACGAUCUGCUGCAUAGAUGGUGCCAGGAUAGCAAAAACAAAAAGACGUUUCAUCUCCUCAGAUUUAGUUGCUGAAGCCCUGGAGGUUCUAGCUGCCCUCAGCGACGCCCUCUCGGAGGAGAUCAGAGAGAUCCAUCUAUUAUCGGACUCGGAAGUCCUCAUCAACACCCUCCUAGCAGGGUCGGAUUUAACAGAGACAGCAGGCAUCCUCAUUGAUGUU